AUGGAUGCCGAGGAAAUCGAGAAGAGAGAGCAGCUUGAGCACUGGCUAAUGCAACAACCACUGGAGAAAAGAAAACUUGACCAAAGCGAUCGACAAGUUGCAAUGCUUGCAGGUAUGAGCAAACUGUGCAUGUAAGG